AUGAGACUUCCAAAUAUUGCUCAAGUUGCUAUAUUCACUGAACUUGUUCGUAAAAAACUCCUAGUAGGAUUACAGAAUAAAGAAGAACAUAUUCGUGUAAAAAAAACUAUUCAUCUAAAAGAUAGUUCCAUCUUUGAUUUCAUGAUUCGACCGUCCAAUGAUGAAUCAGAAGUCAUAAAAAGUCCUCUCUUAGAUAUUCCAGAGUCAGAAGUUAAAAGAUUCCCAAUGGAAAAUAAUGAUAUAGUUGGCAAAACCACUGAAGCCGAAGCCGAAUUCAAAGUGGUAGAAACAUUGCUUAAAGAAGCUGGUAUUGAAGGAUAUAACCUCUCAUAUCCAUCUGAUAAUUUUUCUGACAAGUUUCCAUUAUCACGUGCCUCUCCAUCACAAUGCCCAUUAUGUGAUCGAAAACAUACCACUUUAGAUAGAGAGAAAAAGUUUCAAAGUCUAAUGAAAAAGGACCAAUCUAGAAUUUCAAAUCCAAAUGACCAUUUCGUAUGGUGGGACUUAUUAUGCAUGUGUACUUUAGGUAAGAAAUUCUCUCGCAUUGAAGUUUAUGAAGCUAUUCAAGCAACAGUUGCCUGCGUGCAAGGAAUUUCAAAAUUGUGGCUCAUUAAGCGUAAAUAUAGACAGAAUAGGCUUUAUUUUGAUAUGAGAGUUGAACUAAAACUUGCCGAUUUCAAGAUCAAAAUAAUCAAAUAUGGGCCGGAUACAGAUUUCUUUAAUCUUUUCCUAAGAUUUUUGGCUAAGCCAGCGCCAAAAAUUAAUAAAGAAAUUAUGGAUCCAAUUCUUUGGCAUACAUUGAAUAUAAUCAGUGAUGGAAAUGUGAAACUUUAUGAAUAUCUUUGGGAUUGUCUUGAGACAAUAUCUCCAUUAUGCUACAUCAGAUUUAGAGAAAAUUCUGAACAUUUUAAUAGCGCCAUUCAAGCUCAAAAACUUAUUGUUAUGAAUGAGACUGGAAUGUUUAGUGGAGACUGGCAUAGAUUUAAUGGGCAUCUCAAAUCCCUUAUAACAGAAGGAAUAGUGACUAUAGAGCGCAAGGGUCUCGAAUCUAAACGAAUAAAUGAUUUCGCUGGGUAUAUAAUUACAAGCAAUCAAGAUGCUCUGAUCAAGAUAGAUAUAAGAGAUUCUCGUAUAGUCUGUUAUGAUAUUUCAUUAUGCUGUAGAGAUAAUACAGCAUAUUUUAAAAGACUACGAAAUGUAUUUAACCAUCCCGAUGCAUCUGGAGUGGUUAUGAAAUAUCUCCUUAGUCGUGAUAUCUCAGAUUUUGAACCACAAGAAAUUCCUGCAACUAAAAUGAAAUCAGAUAUAAUGCGUGAUCAGCUUUCUACUUCUAUUCGAUUUAUAAUCAAUUAUAUUUCCUCAUGGUGUGAGGAUAAAGUAGCCAAACCAAGAAAAAAGUUUUCACUAAUUGGCAUUGAUCAGACGCGUUCACGAGAAAAUAGAGUAAGAGUAUAUCAGUAUAUUCUCGACUGCUCAAAGAUUGUAACCAAACUCUGUGAAUCUGACCUAGAUGAUAUAAAAGAAUUUUCUAAUAUACCUCAGCCAGAGGCGCUAAUGGCAGAUGAGUUUCUGGCUAAUAAGACUACAGACAUACCCAUAUUCAAUGUACCAGAAAUCAUUCCUCCAAAAAUAAUCCCGCCCCACCCAGAAAAGAAUACACCUUCACCUAGUAUUAGUAAAGAUAAGAAAGGAGAUAAACAGGACGAUUCAACUCAAACUCUCUUCGAUUAUGUGGUAGAAAAAACUGAAGCUCCAGUCACCUCAACGUCUAGAACAUCUGAAACUAUUAAGGCUUCUGAACUAUCUGAGCCAGUAAUUGAUAAAUCUGAAACCAGCAAACCUUCCAAGCCUAUCGAGCGUAUCAGCAAUAUGUUGAAACAAGAAGAGCGUCUCAGAAAAUGGGCUAUCGAUUAUGGUGAAGACCCUGAUAAGUUUAUGAUGAUUAUAGAAAAAGACGUCAACUUAUCUCGGAUGUAUCAAGACAGGAUGAUAGCUGACACAGAAGUCAUAGAAUUUGCUAGAGAAAAUAAUAUAAACCCGAAUGAUUUAUUUUACAUGACUAGAAGGAAAAGGUUAAUAAGCGAAAAAAUAUAUCUCUGGGAGUUCGAGGAUGUGGAAAAACCCUAG